UACUGAAUUGCUUUGAAUUUAAGUUGAAGGAUUUUACCAUCACAUUUGGUUCAUCUACUCUGCCAAUAGUAACCACUGUCUUAUGACAUAUAUAAAGAGAACCUUAUGCCAUAUUUCUCACCAUCCAACUCAAGACUUUCCUCUCUUCUCUCCAGCCAUAUAUAUAAUCAGCACUUUUCUGUCUCCAUUCAUUGUUCAUCAAAGCAUUAAUUGAUUAGUUAAUAGCCAUGUCACCAACAAAUUGGUCAAUUUUGGUGAUUUUAUGCUGUGCCAUUUCAUUUACAUUGGCUUCUGAUCCUGACACACUUCAAGACCUUUGUGUAGCUCUUCCCUCUUCAGGUGUUAAGGUUAAUGGAUUUGCAUGCAAGGCGGAGGCAAAUGUAACAGCGGCUGAUUUCUUUUUCGACGGUUUAGCGAGUCCUAAAGCUAUCAACAACACGGUGGGAUCUUUGGUUACUCCAGCCAAUGUUGACAAAAUUCCAGGGCUUAACACAUUAGGAGUAUCUUUGUCAAGAAUAGACUACAAACCUAAAGGACUUAACCCGCCACACACACACCCUCGUGCCACCGAGAUUGUUUUUGUGUUAGAAGGUGAAUUAGAUGUUGGUUUUAUCACUACAUCAGACAAACUCAUUUCUAAGUCCAUCAAAAAGGGUGAAGUCUUUGUUUUCCCAAAAGGUUUGGUGCAUUAUCAGAAGAACAAUGGAGAUAAAGCUGCUUCUGUGAUUUCUGCUUUUAACAGUCAACUUCCUGGUACUUUCUCAAUUGCUUCAGCACUGUUUGGUUCAACACCAACUGUUCCUGAUGAUGUUCUUGCCCAGGCCUUUCAGAUUGAUGCUAAACAGGUUGGUGAAAUUAAGACAAAACAUGCUCCUAAGAAGACUUAAUAUGUAUAUGAUACUCAAGAGAGGAAUUCAUAUUACUUUUGGAAUAAUAAUUGUUAGAGUUUUGAUUAUUAUUGUAUCUGUACAACAAUUUGUAUGGUGUUGCAUUUUGCUGCUUAAUAUGAAUUGAGUAUAAAAUAAUUGUAUUGAGAUUAUGUAGAGUAAAAGUGUUGAUAAUAAUGCAAAUUCAAUGAAUGUGCACAUUUUAUGUGGGAUUAUGAUA